GGGCAGUACGGUCGACAUUCCGUGGAGCGAACCAAUCCGCGUUGACAAUUUGAAAAAUCAAAUUCAAAAUCUCAAAAUCUAUAUAUUUGCGAAAUUUUAACAUUUUCCGAUCAAUCAGAUCAGUUUGAAAUUGCAAGAGUUACAAUUGUUAAAACUUUUUAAAUAAAAAAUGGAUCUGAAGAUGGAGCUGGGCGGCUACGUGCACUCCGCGCCCAACACCAAGCGCUUCGUCGUAGAGGACUGCAUUACCAAGGUGACCUCCGAUGGGGAGCCGCACGGCAUGAUGACCAUGGUGGCCGGAUUGUCCGGCCUUUUGGCUGCCAUCAUCAUUCUGGCCGUCCUUGUGUCCAUGAUAUCUUGUCGCAAGCAGAAGAGCAACAACCGGAAGAGCAAUUCCUCCGCCAAUGUGGUGACCAUGACCAGUGUGGCGCAGGAUCAGCCCCAGUUGGCCGGUAACUUGAACGCAGCGUUCGCUGAGAGCACUCUGACCUUGGACAAGGUCAAGCAGGGCACGGAGGACCAGUGGCGACCCACAGCCGUGGUGGUGGAGCGGUACUAGUGGAAGCACCACCGCCAACCAGCGGCACAUGGGCACGUGAUGUUUAUUGUAAACGUUUGAGACUGACACUUAGCCUAAGGAUUUCCAUCACCAUCUUAUAUCUAUAUAAAAUAUGACACCUUUUUUUUUGCUUGUUAAAAUAUUAUACUACUAUACUAUAAAAUAUGUGACAAUAUAUGUUUGUUAGAAUUAAAGGGAAAACUGUAAAGCUA